AUGGCUGCCGUGCUUGGAGCCGAACCGCAAAUAGGAGGGUUUAAUUUCGAAAAUUAUGCCAGGAACGUAUCUCUCGAGCAAGCAGGGGUUCAUCCACCAAAGGCUUACAAAACAGGGACAACAAUCGUCGGUUUAGUUUACAAGGAUGGUGUUGUAUUGGGUGCUGAUACCAGAGCUACAGAAGGGUCUGUGGUGGCUGAUAAAAACUGUGCAAAAAUCCACUAUAUAGCAGACAAUAUUUAUUGCUGUGGUGCUGGUACUGCGGCUGACACAGAGAUGACCACACAGAGGAUUUCAUCACAGCUUGAGCUUCACCGUCUUAACACUGGCAGGGUACCACGAGUGUGUACAGCUAACAGACUCCUAAAACAAAUGCUCUUCAGGUACCAUGGUGGCAUCAGUGCAGCCCUUGUACUGGGAGGUGUUGACUCCACUGGCCCUCAUCUCUACAGUGUGUGGCCCCAUGGAUCUACUGACAAACUACCAUAUGUCACAAUGGGUUCAGGAUCACUAGCAGCUAUGGCUACAUUUGAGGACCGCUUUAAACCACAAAUGGAGAAAGACCAGGCCAUACAGCUAGUGAGGGAUGCCAUUGCUGCUGGCAUAUUUAAUGAUCUUGGAUCAGGAAGUAAUGUGGAUGUUUGUGUUAUAACCAAGGGCAAAGUAGAGUACAUGCGACCAUAUGAUGAAGCAAACAUAAAGGGACUGAGAUAAAAAUCAUGACUUCUCAUAUAAUUGUUCAAUUAAUGGAAUUGAAAUGGAAUGCCAUUACUGGACUCAUUCCAUGGGGAGGCCAGACCAGAUAGGAACAGUUUGGACCAUUCAACUUUAUAGAAGUAGCCUUUCUCUUUUGUGGAACAUUUUGUUAAAUGAUGGAAUUCUAUCCGUUUUACAAAUUACCACUACGUCACAAUGUCCUUUCAUUAUAAAACAUUACAUUAUCAUGGUAUAGAAAUAAUCACUCAAGGAAGAACUAACAGUUUAUCUACCAAAUAGUAGAUUAGUGUGAUUAACAUGGAAACCAGAAGAUGUUAUGUGAUAUUACAAAUAUAUUGGUUAAAAGUAAAGAUUUUCAGAAGUGCUACAUGUAUGUUGGGAGGAGUUCUUCCUUACAUGUUUAAUAAAUCAUUUAAUGAUAAAAAAAUUGCAAGCUUGU